GCGCGCCGUCGACGUCGCCGUCGGGGCGGCAAACCCAAAAAAAUGGCGCCUCCUCCCCUACACGACCUCACGCACCUGCUCGCCGAGGUGGCCUCCCGCCUCGCCCGCCCUCCCGGCGGCGCGGGCCCCUCCUCCGCGGCCGGCGACUCGCUCUCCGCCAACGUCUCCUCCCUCGCGGCGGCCCUCAACCCCGGCGCCGCCGCCCCUGCCUCCUCCGGAACCAGGGUCCUCGACGCCGCGCUCUCCCUCAUGUGCUUCGACCCACAGGAGGUGGAUAGGGCUCGCCUGGACUGCCUCGUCCGCACCGCCGUCUCCGCGCUCUCCGACUCGGCCUCGUGCCGAGUGGCCCGGACCGAAGACCGCGCCGAGAUGCUCUGCGUCGGGAGCUCCGUCUCGCCCCGGGACUGCCGCGAGCUGGUCCGCUCCUGCGCCGCCCUCGUCGAGAAAUUGGGGGGCCGUGAUGUUGCGGGGCAUUCCUAUGAUCUGUUGCACGCUGCUGUGAAAACAGCCCUGUUAUCCCCUCGUUACCAGUGUCUCUUUCCUUCGCCAUAUUACAGAGAAGAUGGAGAAAGCAGUUGCGAGAUGGGUACCAUUUCUCUGGAUGUAACAACACAUCCAUCUUAUCAAGUGCUUCCAAGUGAUGGCUCAAUCCCGCCGAGGGUCCAUUUGUGGCAUUACGACCCAUCAAUUCUGAAACAUGAUCUUUCAGAGAUGCUACGAGAAGCAAUUACAAGGCCUUUGCUUUGUCUGAGAAAAGAAUUACAUGAUCGGGUAGCAUGGCGUGUGAUUGUAAUAUGCUUAGUUUGCUCCCCACCAGCGUUCUUGGAGAUGCGGUCAUUAUUCCAUAUAUGGUUUCUUGCGACGGGUAUGGGUUCUGUGCUAGGACUUUGCACAGCAGUGGUAUCAUCAGUAAUAGAUCUUCUUCUCGAGCCUAUGGGAUGGGGAAUAUCCAUGGAACUGGGACAGAAAUUUCCCUUUACACAUGCUUAUUUCCCAAGCCAACAAAGGGAUUUGCUUGCCAUACUAACUGGACCCAUAUCAUGCAGACGAUUUUUGGAUCUUGUUUCUUAUAUAGAAGUUACGGUUUUCUUGGGUAAAACAAGCAGCGACGACUCUUCAUGGAAAAACAUACAAUCACAACCACCAAAAGGGUCACACUUUGGCAAGAAACAACCAUCAAAAGGAUUGGUCAAAUUCAUAUACAGUUCUGCUUGGUUGACAAUUACGAACUUCCCUACCUGGUUCAAUUUUGCCACUGCUCUACUAUUUCACCAGGAAGGUUCACAAGGUUAUUUAUCAGAAGUAUUAUCUGAGGAGAAAACUGCUGAAUCAAUAAGCGAUAUCAGUCUUGCUCAGAGGGCAGCAUUUUACCUUUCGUGGGUGUUAUGCCCUUCUAAUGUUGAUGAAUGCCAGUUGCUAGCUAAAAAUAUGGUGGAGUUAUCACAUUCUUGGGCCAGGAACAACAAAAGACGCCCAAGUUAUGCACACCAUACCAGUACAGUAAAUCACAGGAGGAAACUGCGAGUACCCACAGUUCGGGAUACAGAGAAACUUAAUGUGUCAACCAACCCUGUCAGUUCCCUUAUCAAAGAUUUUGAUGAUCGCUGUGUGAAGUUUUGUCGCAUAAGUGCUGUCAGUCAAGUGCAAGGUGCAGAACAAUUAGACGUCCCUCUCUCAUGCCCUAAUUUUCUGCAUCUACGGGUUCCUUUAGGGGUGUUGCUUGUGUCCUCUGCUUGUAUUAGUGAGCAAGACUGUAACGUGCUUCUGCACUACGCAAGCACUGGUCUGGUUAUGGAGUCAAAGGAAGGGCAGACAAAAAGGAAAGAUCAGGCUGGCAAUGAUGUUUUUUCAUCUAGUCGUGGAGGUUCUAGUGAAAGAUGGGCUUUAAGUGGUGCAUGUCUCAUCUUUGGCUGGCUUGACAUUAUUGAGGAUAUGUCCGCAGUGAUCUUUGAAUGUGAAGAUACAUGUCGUCAUUUUGUCAGUCAACUCAGAACCAAGACAGGCCCAUACCUGCUGAAGUGUGUAAAUUUAUUGCUGAAUGAGGCGGGCCAUGAUAAAGAUUUUGUAAUCGAUCUUCGCGACAAAUUGUUAAACUGGACUAAUAAAGGGCAGCGUUUUGAUGGUUGUGAGGCAUUCAAAGACGUCAUCGUUCAAAUGAACGCAAAAAUUCAGCCCUCUUCAUAGCAGUGAUCAGGGAUUUUAUGUAACUGUGAUUGUGUCCGGAUGGGUUCCUGGUCUCCUUUUGGUGACUGUACGGCUGGACGUGAACUGUGGAGUUAAAACAUAUCCAUUCAGCUCUUGGUCAAUCUUAUCAGAAUUCUGUACAAGAAGUCCUAGCUGUUCAAGCAGUGCAACUGUACAAGCAAUUCUGAUCAGUUCUACCCAUGUAGAUAAUGUUGUAAAGUAGCAUCUGUCAGGUUUAGAUAUUGUAAAGUAACAUCUGUCAGGUCUUGAUAGUGUAGAGUAGCAUCUUAGAGACAUAAAUUAGGCCAUGCAAAGUAGUAAUACUGUAUUCAUGUGCAAAUUUAUCUGUCGGCUCCAUUCUGAAUGUUUCCAGUUCAUUUCUUCUGUCAUGGCUAAAUAGAUUCUUGUGUUUGAAUUAUAGAAAUUAAAUGGUUGUAGUCAUCAGUUUAUAUUUA